GACAGACCAGUGGGCAGAAGAGGAAAAAUCCACCGCCGCAUAGCUCGCGCUUCCACCCCCGAGCCCAGCACCUCCGCCUCCAUGGACGCGUAUCACCAGCAGCGCCGCUUCGCCGGCUCCGGCGACGCGCCUCCACCACCGCAGCAGCCACCUCACCCCUCCCACCCGAACGCCCACUGGUACCCGGCGGCCCCGCCACCGUACCCUUCCCACCCCAGCCACCCCUACCCUCCGCAACACCACCACCAUUGGGGCUCGCCUCACGACCUCCAGCAACAGCACCAGCGUCAUCCUCCGCCGCCGCAACAGCAGCUCUACGGGUAUCAGCAGCCUCCCCCGCCGAUUGCGAUACAGCAGCAGCAGCAGCCUCCUCCUCCUCCUGGGAAUCCCUGGCCUCCUCACCACGCCUCCGGCCAGCCCCCGCCAGCUAACUACCCUCCUCCGCCGCCGGGGCAGGCUUGGACCAAUCAUUCAUGGGCUCAAAAUCAUGGAUACCCAGGUCAAUGCAAUGAGGAAGAUUGGGCUACAAAGGCUAAAGCAUGGGUUGCUGCUAAGUCUGUUACGGGAAACCACCAGAUUAAACAGCAUGCCAUAUCCACAAGUAGAACUGAAAGUCAUCAUAAUGGUUACCAUGAUCAGUACUGGCAACCAGCUGGUCUGCCAACAGAAGUUACAGAACAUUUGCACCCACCAGUUCCUCAAUCAAGUAACGAUCAUAUGCCAUUUCCAAUGACAGGUCAACACAGGGAAACAAACCAUUUGCUAGAUAGAGGUCCAAUGGUGUCUCCAGCACAGACUUUUGGUUCAUUUCCAUCCACCUAUGAGCAGGAGGUAUCUUAUAAUUAUUCUUCUGCUCCAGGUAAUGGGAAUAAUAUGCUUCAAUAUCCAAACUCUCAAGGACAGCCAUUUCCAACUGCCUCUACUGUUCAAGGUGGAUUCCUACAGGCUACCCCUAGUAUGCCUGUAGUUCCCUCGGCGGAACAGCCUCCUUUUGGGCAUGAACGACAGUCAGUUGAUCCAAGUGACCAACCUUUGGAAUUUAACAGCCUGAAAGCUCCUGAUGUGGUAGUCCAUACGAAUGUCAAUUCUACUAUCCCAGCUGCUCCAACGCUGGCAUCUAAUUAUGAUGUAGUUACUACAUCUACUCAUUCAUGGACGCCAUCAACUACAGUAGGGUUUCUGCCUCGGGCUCCAUUGCCACCACAAGCAGCACAGAUGGAUCCUCAUGCAGCACCACUCUUUGGAGCAGCCUCUAGUUCAAACUAUGCCCCACCUGCAACAUUUGGUGUUGGUAGUGUAACAGAAGUGUUCCCUACAGAUCCAAACACUCCUUUCAGUGUUGCAGAAAAAUCAAAGAAACGUCCAGUACCUAACUGGCUUCGAGAGGAACUCUUAAAGAAAAAGUCAGCACCAUCAAAUGCUUCAGCACAUCCAACAAACUUAAAUUCCAUGGAAUCUCAUGAUGCAGAACAACCACUAGGAAUACCUGACCAAAGUGACAGCAGAAGUAACGAUUCAGCUAAAUCCACUGAAGGCAAUGAAGAUGAUGAGGAUGAAAUUGAAGCAUCUCGGGUGGCAGCAAUCAAUCGGGAAAUUAAGCGUGUUUUAACUGAAGUCCUUUUGAAGGUUUACUUAAACUUUCUACUGUCAUAUGAUUGUAUCUGUCCCAAAGAUGCAAGGAUACUUGUGUUUUCAGUUGUUUACCCUUUUUGGUACCACUUGCAGGUUACUGAUGAUCUUUUUGAUGAGAUUGCAACAAAAGUGUUGAACGAGGAUGAUUCAUCAGCUGAAUCCAAUGAGCCCGCUGGUGUGGGCUCAAAGGAACCUGGUCCGGGAGAGGCAAGAACCAAGACCACAGCUAAAGUUCUUCUCCCUGCUAAGCCAACAAACAUCAGCUCUAGUGACCAUAAAGAUAGUACUGGGUUAAGUUCCCCUAAAGGUGCUCUUCUCGGUCUGGCUAGUUAUGAUUCAGAUGAUGAUGACGAUGACAAUGAUAGCAAGGAUAAGAUUCCAAUAUCAGAUUUAUCAGCUAAUGCUGGUGUUGCAGAUACUGAAGAAGGUGAUAAAAGCACUCUUGGUAAAGAACACAUGAAUCAUGAUGGAAAAAAAUUGUCACGCGGAAGCACUUCAUCAGGAGAAGAUCUUAAAUCUAUUAACAAAAACUCUCAAAGGAGCACAAAGGUGGAACCUGAACGAGAGCAUAUUCAUGAUAUACAGAAUGGAGAGUUUCCUGUAGAUGCCAAAACUUUUGUCAAGCCAAAUAGUGCAGUUGAUAAAAUGGAUGAGAAAGCAGACAGGUAUGCGGCAGUAGAUGUCCAAAACAGGAAAACCUCUUCUAACAAUCACGCUGAAAAGUAUGAUGAUUUGGAAAGCAGUCACAGGCAUUUAGAAAAAAGCAGCAAAGACUUUGUUAAAGAGGUGAAGACUGAUCAUGCAAAAGAACAUGAAUCUUUUACUGCAAAAAAAUAUAAUAGUGAUGACAAGUACAGCAUCCAUGGAAAUGUUGAUAAAAAGAGUAGCUUUAAGGAGGGAAAAGGUUCUGAUAGGACUUCAAAGCAUGAAUCGAACAGAAGGGACUCCAGAAGUAACUCUAAGCAUGAUGGUGCCAAGGCAGAUCGAAAGGAUUUUCCGAAGGAUACGAGAGAGAGAGAUAGGGAUACUACUGAUAGAAGAGGGGGCAAAGGAAAAGAUGAAAAGGAUGGCAGAUCAAGGCAGAUGACAAAAGGCUCAACAAGUCAUAGCAGAAAUUCACGGUCACGAUCACCACAAGGGAGAAGUCGAAGUAGAAGGGAAAACUCUUCACAUGUCCAAGGGAGUGUUUCAAGUGAUGAGCCUUCUGAUAGUAUGAAAAAGAGAAAGCAUCAUUCCCGUAAAAACAGCAUGUCUCCCUCACCUCCAAAAUCUAGAAACAGAUAGAUAUGUUUGAAGGUUGACAUCAGUUAUGCUAGCCCGCUAGAUCUUAAAGGAUACAUUGCCAGCUUUGUAUGCUUUUGUCAUGAAUAAUGAGAAUCUUGCUAGAAGUUCUUUGUAGUAAAGGGUGGGAUUCAUGUUAAUCUGACUGUUGUAGUGUUGUGAAACACUAAAUGGGGAUUUCUGCCAUAUGCUAAUUUGAAAUGCGUUGUUCUGCUUUAUUGGGUAUACGAUGGCAGGUUGUUGAAAACUUGAAAUAGAACUGUUCAUUGUAUACCCUGUGAAAUCGAUAUGAGUGUGCAGGUAUCUUCUCGUGAAGAAACAUCAGGUUCAUAUAUCUCUUAUCCACUUACCCGUUUAGUAUUAUGUUUCAUCUCUAGACGAAUUUCGCGGUCUCCACAUAGCAAGCAUUCUCACCGCAGGCAUUCACCUUAUUCAUCUGACAACAGGUAAGAGAUUAAGUGGUUCUCACUUCAUCAUUGUAUUGCUCCUGCUGAUAGCUCAACGUGAAAUUUCUGGUUGGAAAUUAGUUUUGUUAUCAACCAUGCUCUAGCUGAUUAUGGAAAAAAGAUUGAUUGCAAAUUAAAGCAAGUAGUGAGGACUAGGGAAUUUUAGAAUAAAGUCGAAUAUUAGGUAUCUUGACAGCCCAUGUUUGGUUAAAAACAUUAUUUUGAUUUUACAAGAAACCUUGUAUUUGAAAUGUGUGACCUUGCAUAGUUUUCACCAGAAAUCUAUCGCACCAUCUUGAGAUAUCAAAGACAUUUUCUGCACAAUUUCUCGUUGGGUAAGCUCAAAAUUGCAUGUCAUAAGUUUGUACUUUGUAGUCUGCAGGAAGUUUUCAGUUCAAGUAUCAUUGAACUCUGCUGCACUUAUCUUGGACUCUUGGUUAUUCUGGGGAACCUCUAAUUCCUUUACAUCUUCGAUCCUCUUUUGUUGGCAACAGCCAAUUCCUUUAAAUCUGGAAUCCUCUUUUUGUACUUGUACAGUAACUGUGUUUUUAGUAUUUCCAUAAAAACAGUGUCUAAUCAUCGCAGGAUGAGGCGGUCCAGAUCAAGAACUCCAGUCAAAAGGAGAUAGAAGACAAUGGGCAGGGCCAGAUGCCUGGGCAUCCCCGAGAGACAAUAGAAGGCAAUUGCAUUACUGCUGUGGUGCUAUCUAGUGCAUUUUUUUAAAAGGUAUCUAGUGUGUCUUUUGCUCCUACGACGGCAUGGUAGAACAGCAUUCCAACAGUGACAAACAUGAAGGCAAGGAAUGCGUGUAAUUUGAUGUUUAUGAGAUGCGCAUUUUGCUGUAUCGUGUUUGUAAGAUGAGCUAUAUAGCCAGUGUAGGGUAGUAUGAUCAGUAGACUGUGCAGUGAUCCCAUCAUUGACUUUACCGUGUAUCAAAAUUUAGGCCAUGUACUGGUCAGCUGAGAUACGUAUUUACUUGCACAUUUCUAACUUGAGCAUUUCUCGUAA